AUGGCAGGCGACAACCCUGAAAACAAGGACGCUUCCAUGUUAGAUGUCAGCGACGCAGCUAGCAACACUACGAUUAACGGUAAAAGUAACACAAAUUCAAAUAACGAGGCCUCCCUGGCGUACACUUUCUCCCAAAUGAACGUAGAUAAUCCCAAUGAAUUAGAGCCUCAACAUCCUCUUAGACAUAAAUCGAGUUUAAUUUUUAACGACGACGACGAUGAUGAAAUACCCCCAUAUUCAAAACACGCAGAAAAUGGUUCUGGGGAGACAUUUGAUUCUGAUGAUGAUAUCGAUGCUAGCAGCUCGAGUAGUAUCGAUAGCAACGAAGGCGAUAUCCACGAUGCAGAUAUGACAGGGAAUGCCCUGCAAAAAAUGGAUUAUCAACCGUCUCAGGAAUCUGAUGCACUACAGAAUCAAGGCUCUCAACAGCAACAAGAACAGCAGCAGAGCACUGUGGAGGGCAAGAAAGGAAGAGCUAUGAUGUUUCCAGUUGACAUUACUUGGCAACAGGGGGGUAAUAAAGUGUAUGUUACCGGAUCUUUUACCGGAUGGAGAAAGAUGAUCGGGCUAGUACCAGUCCCUGGACAGCCUGGACUUAUGCAUGUAAAAUUACAGCUGCCCCCAGGUACCCAUCGUUUCAGAUUUAUUGUUGACAAUGAGCUAAGAUUCAGUGAUUAUUUACCUACUGCGACUGACCAAAUGGGAAAUUUCGUCAACUAUAUGGAAGUGACUGCACCACCCGAUUGGGGCAAUGAACCUCAGCAGCAAGUUUCAGAAAAUAAAGCGAAUCAUGCAGAUGAUAGCAAGUCAAGUAAGAGACCUAUGAGCGCUCGCUCAAGAAUUGCAUUGGAGAUAGAAAAGGAACCAGAUGACAUGGGUGAUGGUUACACCCGUUUCCAUGAUGAGACCCCCGCAAAACCUAAUUUAGAGUACACUCAAGACAUACCCGCUGUUUUCACCGACCCAAAUGUGAUGGAACAGUAUUAUUUGACGCUUGAUCAGCAACAAAAUAAUCACCAAAAUAUGGCCUGGUUGACUCCUCCACAGCUACCACCACACUUAGAAAACGUCAUUUUGAAUAGUUACUCAAAUGCGCAAACUGAUAAUACGUCCGGCGCGCUCCCCAUUCCGAACCAUGUUAUAUUGAAUCACCUGGCGACAAGCAGUAUUAAGCAUAAUACAUUGUGCGUCGCAUCCAUUGUUCGGUAUAAACAAAAAUAUGUGACCCAAAUACUGUACACACCUCUGCAAUAG